AUGGAGAGUACAAGAGUGUUUGUCGGUGGUCUUCCACCAACAUGCUCCAAUGAUCAGCUCAAGAAGCAUUUUUCAACACGCUUCCAAGUGACAGACGCUCAUGUCCUGCCUAAACGUAGGAUGGGGUUUGUCGGCUUCAAGAGCCAUGAGGCAGCUCAGCAAGCUGUGAAGCACUUCAACAAGACAUACAUGAAGAUGUCAAAGAUCUCUGUAGACAUCGCUCGUCCGAUCGAUUCCAAUGCCGCUGAGGAUGCUCAUCCUACACGGAGGCGUGAUGCCACGAACAAUGAUUCAUCCAUGGACAGCAACCUCAAGCGGAAGAGGGAAGACAAAGCACAGGAUCCUAAACUCCAGGAGUAUCUCUCUGUAAUGGGAGGGUCAUCAAAGACACGGACCUGGGCCAAUGAUGAUGACAUGAUCAAGCCGUCUGCGGAACCUGUACCCGUUAUUAACCAGCCUACCCAGGAAGAAGAUGAAGAGUUCCAGGAGCUACCUUCACACCCCAAGAAGGCCAAGACAGAGAAGCCUGCUGCUGUACCACAGCCUGCAGAGCCUGAGCCUAUGGUCGUUGACCAAAGUGGAGAGGAUGAAAAUCAAGAAGCCCCUGAACAGGAACAACAAGCAGAACCAGAAGUGGAAGCAGCUCCAUUGUCUGAUGCGGAUUGGCUACGUUCCAAGACAAGUCGUCUGUUGGGCCUCCUCGAUGAGGAUGAGCAAGAUGAGUUUGAGCAACACAAGACCGAGGCGAAACCCGCUGCGGUUGCUGCGGCUCCAGUAAAGGCUCCGGCGCCCUCCUCGCCUGGCGAUGAGUCGCUCCAGGGCGACGAGGAAUCCCGCACUAUGGCUUUUGAGAGUGUUGCGCCCAACACGACUGACGAUGACAGCAAGACCCAAUCAAGACCGGAAGAUCCGAAUGUCGACCUCAUUCGCAAUUCCGCCCGUCUAUUCCUUCGAAACCUUGCAUAUGACACAACAGAGGCGGAUCUUCAGCCAAUCUUCGAACGCUUUGGCAAACUUGAAGAGAUUCACAUUGCUUUUGAUACUCGGGUCACAGCCAGCAAAGGCUUUGCUUAUGUGCAAUAUGCCGACGCUGAUGCCGCUGUUGAUGCCUAUCAACAGCUCGAUGGCAAGCAUUUCCAAGGUCGUCUCCUCCAUAUCUUGCCGGCGACUGCCAAGAAGACCUACAAGAUUGAUGACUACGAGCUGUCGAAGCUUCCCUUGAAGAAGCAGAAGGAAAUUAAGCGCAAACAGAAUGCCUCUUCUUCCUCAUUUAGCUGGAACUCUUUGUACAUGAACGCCGAUGCUGUUAUGUCAUCUGUCGCUGGAAGACUCGGAGUGUCCAAGUCCGACUUGCUCGACCCCACAUCUUCAGACGCAGCUGUGAAGCAAGCACAUGCUGAAACGCAUGUCAUCCAAGAGACCAAAGCCUACUUUGCCAACAACGGAGUUAACAUCGACGCUUUCAAGCAACGUGAGCGUGGCAACACUGCGAUCCUGGUCAAGAACUUCUCCUACGGUGUUAGAUCUGACGAACUGAGGAAUUUGUUUGAGCCAUAUGGCAAGAUCAUCCGAAUGCUCAUGCCGCCGAGUGGUACCAUCGCCAUCGUGGAGUUUGCUCGACCUGACGAGGCCCAAAAGGCUUUCAAGGGUAUGGCAUACCGCAAGCUGGGUGAUUCAAUCUUGUUCCUGGAGAAGGCGCCGAAGAAUCUAUUCGAAGGUGCCGCCGCUCCUCGCGCAUCUACCUCAGAGGUCCGAGGCAAGGACUCUGGAUUCUCGACGGCCGACACCUUCGCCGCAGAUGAGGCCGACGACGGUGUGUCAACUGCCACGCUGUUCGUUAAGAAUCUGGACUUCGCAACCACCAACCAGAAGUUCGUCGAGGCUUUCCGCCCACUCGACGGUUUCCUUACCGGUCGCAUCAAGACCAAACCCGAUCCCAAGCGACCAGGACAGACUCUCAGCAUGGGUUUCGGUUUCGUCGAUUUCAAAACCAAGGCUCAAGCCCAAGCUGCUCUUACAGCCAUGAAUGGUUACAAGCUGGACCAGCACGAGCUUCUCAUCCAAAUGAAGACAACGCCAAAAAAGGCAGCAGCCCGCAGAACGAAGAUCAUCAUCAAGAACUUGCCAUUCCAGGCCACCAAGAAGGACAUUCGGUCUCUAUUCGGUGCGUACGGUCAGCUGCGUUCUGUUCGCGUGCCUCAGAAAUUCGAUCGGACGGCUCGUGGUUUCGGUUUCGCCGACUUUGUAAGCGCUCGCGAAGCGGAGAAUGCCAUGGAUGCGCUGAAAAACACGCAUUUGUUGGGCCGAAGACUGGUUUUGGAGUUCGUGAACGAGGAGGCCGUCGAUCCCGAGGAGGAGCUUGCGCGCUUAGAGAAGAAGGUAGGAGAGCAGGUGGACAGGGUCAAGCUCCAACAGCUUACCUCUGGUGCCGGGCGCAAGAAAUUUACUGUAGGAGGGCAGGAGGAAGAGGCAUGA